GCCUUUGUUUUCUUCCGCUUGGGAGGAGCCCCACCACCACAGUGAUGUUAGAUGGCCCUAAAAGAAAUGUUUUAUCCAGUGCCUGCUCUGCUUCACAUCCAUCCCCAGACCUUAGGACUGUGUGAGCCGUUUGCAUUUCCUGAAACCGGAUCUCGGUGUCAGAGCCGCCCCCGGGCCGGGCGGGCACCUCAGCCAUGGCCCUGCGCAAGGAGCUGCUCAAGUCCAUCUGGUACGCGUUCACCGCCCUGGACGUGGAGAAGAGCGGCAAGGUCUCCAAGUCCCAGCUCAAGGUGCUGUCCCACAACCUGUACACGGUCCUGCACAUCCCCCACGACCCUGUGGCUCUGGAGGAGCACUUCCGGGAUGAUGACGACGGCCCCGUGUCCAGCCAGGGAUACAUGCCCUACCUCAACAAGUACAUCCUGGACAAGGUGGAGGAGGGGGCUUUCGUUAAGGAGCACUUUGAUGAGCUGUGCUGGACCCUGACGGCCAAGAAGAACUAUCGGGUGGACAGCAACGGGAACAGCAUGCUCUCCAAUGAGGAUGCCUUCCGCCUCUGGUGCCUGUUCAAUUUCCUGUCUGAGGACAAGUACCCUCUGAUCAUGGUUCCUGAUGAGGUGGAAUACCUGCUGAAGAAGGUGCUCAGCAGCAUGAGCUUGGAGGUGGGCUUGGGUGAGCUGGAGGAGCUGCUGGCCCAGGAAGCCCAGGCAGCCCAGACCACCGGAGGGCUCAGCGUCUGGCAGUUCCUGGAGCUCUUCAACUCGGGGCGCUGUCUUCGAGGUGUGGGGCGGGACACUCUCAGCAUGGCCAUCCAUGAAGUCUACCAGGAGCUUAUCCAAGAUGUCCUGAAGCAGGGCUACCUGUGGAAGCGAGGGCACCUGCGGAGGAACUGGGCAGAACGCUGGUUCCAGCUGCAGCCCAGCUCCCUCUGCUAUUUUGGGAGUGAAGAGUGCAAGGAGAAAAGGGGUACAAUCCCGCUGGAUGCACAAUGCUGCGUGGAGGUGCUGCCCGACCGAGAGGGGAAGCGCUGCAUGUUCUGUGUGAAGACAGCCUCCCGCACGUACGAGAUGAGCGCCUCCGACACGCGCCAGCGCCAGGAAUGGACGGCGGCCAUCCAGACCGCGAUCCGGCUGCAGGCCGAGGGGAAGAUGUCUUUGCACAAGGACCUGAAGCAGAAGCGGCGCGAGCAGCGGGAGCAGCGGGAGCGACGCCGGGCGGCCAAGGAGGAAGAGCUGCUGCGCCUGCAGCAGCUGCAGGAGGAGAAGGAGCGGAAGCUGCAGGAGCUGGAGCUGCUACAGGAGGCGCAGCGGCAGGCCGAGCGCCUGCUGCAGGAGGAGGAGGAGCGACGCCGCAGCCAGCACCGCGAGCUGCAGCAGGCGCUGGAGGGCCAACUGCGCCAGGCGGAGCAGGCCCGGGCCUCCAUGCAGGCCGAGAUGGAACUGAAGAAGGAGGAGGCUGCCCGGCAGCGGCAGCGGAUCCAAGAGCUGGAGGAGAUGCAGCAGAGGCUCGAGGAGGCCCUGCACCUGGAGGUGAAAGCUCGGCGGGACGAGGAGGCCGUGCGCCUAGCCCAGACCCGCCUGCUAGAGGAGGAGGAGGAGAAGCUGAAGCAGCUGCUGCAGCUGAAGGAGGAGCAGGAGCGCUACAUCGAGCGCGCGCAGCAGGAGAAGCAAGAGCUGCAGCAGGAGAUGGCGCUGCAGAGCCGCUCCCUGCAGCAAGCCCAGCUGCAGCUGGAGGAGGUGCGGCAGAACCGGCAGAGGGCCGACGAGGACGUGGAGGCUGCCCAGCAGAAGUUGCGCCAGGCCAGCACCAACGUGAAACACUGGAAUGUUCAGAUGAACCGGCUCAUGCAUCCAAUUGAGCCUGGAGAUAAGCGUCCCACCACCAGCAGCUCCUUUACAGGCUUCCAGCCGCAUCUACUUGCCCGCCGCGACUCCUCCCUAAAGCGCCUGACCCGCUGGGGAUCCCAGGGCAACCGGACCCCCUCGCCCAGCAGCAGCGAGCAGCAGAAGUCCCUCAAUGGUGGGGAUGAAGCUCCCAUCUCAGCUUCUACCCCUCAGGAAGACAAACUGGACCCAGCACCAGAAAAUUAGCCUCUGCUAUCCCCUCCCGCCCUCCAACCUCAUACCCACCAGAACCUGGCCACAGCUGGCCUGUGGGUGAUGCCAGCCCCCACAGAAGAGGGAGCUGAAGUCCUGGUGCCAGGAGCCCCCUCGGCCCUCCAGCCAUGACACAGUCCAGAAUGGAGCCUAGUUCAUUUUUGGCAGCAGCCCCAGGCCCCUGACCACUGAGGCUGUCUGGGAUGUUGAUCCUUGAGAACUUGAUCUUGUGCCUUAACCCCAAGGACCCUGUGCCCUGGGCUGGAUAAGCGAGCAGACAAGCAAGCCAACGGCGUGUGCCCUCAGACGGCCACCAGGUGGUGGAGGCGCAUUUCCAAAUAAAAAUUGCUCUUGGAAUGAACCCU